UCGUGCUAAAAACCCUAACCCUAAAUCCGGACGUGGGAGUAAACCCUAACCCUAAUAUGGCCGCAGGAGAUUAGUUUUCGUUCAAUUGUCCAAUACGUAUCGGAGUUUUAUCUAGGGUUUAUGUGGCUCUACUUCAGUGGAAGAUCUUCUUAUUGCCUUAUGAUAAUCUAGGAUUUUACUGGAGAUCUUCCAGGUAUGGCGUUUACCUUAUACCUGUUGCUCCACUAGUUUGUUUGGUGUUAUGGCCGGUCACAGAAACUAUAGCAGUAAACGCUCCCACUCCCAGGCAGACUCUAUGGCGAAUUUUGACAAUGGAAGCAAGCGAAGAAACCCAGGAGAGGAAAGAGAACAAUAUGCCCCUGGACCGGAAGAUACUGUCUAUCGAUACUUGUGUCCUGCAAAAAAGAUUGGGAGUAUAAUAGGCAAGGGUGGAGAAAUAGUGAAGACUUUAAGGGCAGAAAGCCAAUCUAAAAUAAGGAUUGGUGAAACCAUACAUGGUUGUGAGGAGCGCAUCGUGACCAUUUUCAGUUCCCGCAUGCGAAACCAAGCAACUUAUGAUGAGAGUGGUUUGGAGUUCAUGUGUUCAGCUCAAGAUGCACUAUUCCGGGUGCAUGACCGCCUUCUUGCUGAUGAGACACCCGGUGAGGAGGGUGAUGAUACGAAUUCCCAGAAUGUCACUGCUCGUUUACUUGUUCCCGCAGAUCAAAUUGGGUGCAUAAUUGGGAAAGGAGGACAGAUUAUUCAGAACAUGCGAUCUGAAACUGGGGCCCACAUUCGCAUUCUGAAGAAUGAGCAGCUGCCUCUUUGUGCUAUGGCGUCAGAUGAACUUCUUCAGAUAUCAGGGGAUGCCUCAGUUGUUAGGAAAGCUCUAUAUCAAGUUUCUUCUCGUCUACAUGAGAACCCUUCAAGAUCUCAAGGAAUGCUCUCCUCGGGGCCAAUGAUUCCACCUGGUGGUCAGUUCUUUGGUCCAAACUCUGGUGCCUCAUACUAUGGGGGAUAUAAAGGUGAUGUUGGUGGUGAUUGGGCAGUUGGGCCUUCACAACAUCUCUAUUCUGGUGCUAGAGAUGACUCAUCCGCGAAAGAAUUUGGGCUUCGCUUGGUUUGCCCUUCUAGCCACAUUGGUGGAGUCAUUGGCAAGGGGGGUGUAAUCAUUAAACAAAUCAGGCAAGAAUCUGGUGCAUUUAUCAAGGUUGAAAGUAACAAUGCGGAAGGUGAUGACUGUGUGAUAGCUGUUUCCGCAAAGGAGUAUUUUGAUGAUCCUUUCUCUCCGACCAUUGAUGCGGCAGUUCGUUUACAACCGAAGUGUAGUGAGAAGACUGAAAGGGAAUCUGGAGAACCAUCAUUUACUACUCGCUUACUUGUUCCAUCAUCGCGUAUUGGGUGCCUUAUUGGAAAGGGUGGAUCCAUAAUUUCUGAAAUGAGGAAGAUGACAAGAGCAAACAUACGCAUAUUUUCAAAGGAAAAUCUACCAAAAGUUGCCAGUGAGGAUGAUGAAAUGGUCCAGAUCAGUGGAGAGCUUGAUGUUGCUAGGAAUGCUCUCAUUCAAGUGGCAACACGAUUAAAGGCUAACUUUUUUGAGAGGGAGGGUUCUUUUCCAGUGUUUCCGUCAUCUCUUCCUUACCUUCCGAUGUCAGCGGAUGUAUCAGCAAAACCAGGUGGGAGGGGUUAUUCUUAUUCAGGAACAGGACUAUAUGGUGCCUCUGGUGAUGUUACUUCUGAUAGUUACGGGAAUUAUGCUAGUGGGCAGAGUGGAAGUAGUGGUGGUUAUGGAUCAUAUGGAGGCUACACAUCAGGGCGUUCUGGUAGUGGGCCUCCUGGGAGAGAACUGCAAAUUGGGCACCGGCUCUUUACAAUGGUUUAAAAAUUUUCAUGGUAAGAAAUUUAGGGUCUUUUGGAAGGCGAUUCGUUGAAGGUCAUAAGAAAUUUAGGGUCUUUUGGAAGGCGAUUCGGUGAAGGUCAUAAAGUGACGCAAUAUGGAGUAAAAAUCACCUUGGGUAUUUUGUUACAAAUUUGGGACUUGUUUAGCCUCUUGUUUUUUGGUGCGCAUCUUCCGUGAGGCCAAUGUAUUAGCAGAUUUCCAUGCCAACGGAGGUUUUGGCGGUACUGUUUUAACUGAGACUUUGGUCUCGGACUGUGUGAUUUUCCUUUUAAUCUUUGAUUAAUAGUGCUUUGAUACUAGCACUGCCAAUUUUUUUAAAAAACAUUUGAAACUAAUACUGCCAAUUGUUUUUAAAAGGAUUAUUAUUUGUAUUUUUUAGAAGUUAUCUAUUUUUUUAUAUAUCUCAUCAAUUAAUUUUUUGGAGGUGUUUUAUUGUGCCACGUGUUGCGGGAAUCUUGUAUUUCUUGAUGGAGCAUCCGAAUAUCCGUGUUAGGUUUUUUUUUUUUUAUAUUUGUUCUGGGGUUCUUGUAUACUUGCCAUUGUUUCUGAGUCUGAAAUCUCCAAUUUAGACAUGUAUGGCCGGGGUUGAGAAUAUAUGUUCCAAGAUGACACUUUUAAGGAUGCAUGGGGUGUCAUUUCUUCGUUCAAGCUUAUAACUAAUUUCCCGUCACCUGUCAGUAGCACACCUUUGGCCGAGGCGUGAAGCAUGGCAUUCUGACUCUGAACCACUUUGGGUUGGGAGGCUGGGGAUACUGUUAUCUAGAAACCUUUAAUUUCCCAAGAAUUUCACUUUUUGUAAAAUUUUCGUAACUGCAUCCCAAGCCCACUCAGUGUUCGUUCCAAGUCUAACCAGGUGAAUCAGACUCCAACACUUGGUGAUUGAUGCUGCCAUCGUAACUUUUUUAUGACUGCUCGUAGAUUUUGCAAUUCACGAGGGCACUUUGUGGAGGUUGAGACUACUGUUUAUACAACUACUUUUAUCCCGGUGGAAGUGUGCGGUCUGUAUAUGGCCAAGGCUCUAAGUUGUCAAAUUGGAGCUCACCUUCAAUAAGUAUGAGAAAUGUGGUUUGAAUUUU